UAUAUAUCUAUAUAUAUCUUGUGGCACUUCCUAAACUUGUUUGUCAAAUGUCGAAUAGGUUUGGGCAUAUGAGUCUAUACCAACCAUCAUUGGAUGUGGUGUAGAUAAAGUAAACGAUCAAGCCAUACCACGAAUGCUGAGGUGGGUGUGCCAACAAUCACCAAAGUCCCAAACUAUAAGCCAGGUGUUUGACUCGCCAAUGUUUAUAAUUAAGGCGGUCAUUGAGAUGACACCUGAAGAGGAGCAGUUGAAAAUUGCUUCAGGUGAACUUUUUGAAAACUUCCGCUCAUCUACCAUUAUUCAGUCGAAGAAUGGUGGUUCAAAAAGAGUAAAAGAAGUUGUUAAUGAUGAAGAUGACUUCAAAAAGAGUAAGAAACAGAAGUCCAAGAUUAAGAUGAAAAAGGCUAUUCGAAAUCUCCAAGAUCGAGUAGCGGUUGUUGAAGGGCAACUUAAUAGUAUAAAAUCAGAUAUUGACGAAUUGAAGGGCAUGAUGUCAAGCAUAUUGAAGCACAUUGGACUUCAAAGAAAGGGUGACGAAGGGGACCACAAGGUGUCCGAAGGCUUAGUAGAUCAUACAUUAGAAAGUAAAGAUGUGGAUAAUGCUAAGACCGAAGAUGUUGACACAGGCGAUACCCCUAAUUGGUUGAGGAUGCCAAAGGAGGAUGAACACAUUGAAGUUAAAAAGAAGGGCGACGAAGAUGUGUUGGAGAAGAAGGUUGAUAUUGGUUUAGAGGAGCCAAUAGAUGUCGUUGACGAUGAGGACGUCACAGAGAUAGAACCAUUUCUCACUCAACGACCACACGUUCGGCCCGCCCGUAGGAAGCGUGCAAGUGUUUACUUAUCAACCCCAUUCACAACUCUACCUAAACGGUCUCUGACAUCAACCACCAGCACCUCUGAGUAUGAAGCAAUUGUUUAUGAUCCUAUGCACAAAAUACUUGACGUCCAUUUAGAUAAACUUCGAGCUUGGAUUACAGACAAGCGUACAGACGAUGAGCUGCGUGAAACCUUUCAUGGGAAAAAAUCGAAGGCUUUUUUCAGAGACUUGUUUAUGUGUCGCCGGUGGUUGUCGGAUGAGCAUUUGGAUGCACUUUUUCUUUUCAUUCGCUUGAAGAUUAAGGCAGCCGGGAUACCUUCUUCUCAGAACUUCACAACUGCAGACACAAUCUUUAUGCGCAUUUUAGUUUCGAAGUGGCCCCUAUACAAAGAAUGUAUUAAAGAGAAUCGCCCAUUUGACUGGGACGAAGAGUAUAGGUUGGUUGACUAUGUUGUCGGGUCAAAAGAGGACUUCCAAGAUCCUUGGGCAAGUGUUGAUUACGUUUACUCUCCAUUCAAUGUCCAUGGCAACCAUUGGGUUCUAUUAUGCUUGGAUUUGGUAAGUUGUCAAGUGAAGGUAUGGGAUUCGCUUCCGUCACUUACAACUGCCGAAGAGAUGACAAACAUAUUACUGCCCGUUCGACAGUUGGUGCCAAAGUUGUUAGAUAGUACUGGCUUCUUUGAUAGGAGAGGUAGAUCAUCGACAUACAAGGAACCUUGGCCAGUUGUCAUUGUUGACUCAAUUCCACUUCAACGAAAUAAUAGUGAUUGUGGCGUAUUCACAAUUAAGUAUUUUGAGUACAUAGCUGCUGGUGUUGGUUUAGAUACAUUAUGUCAAGAAAACAUGUCAUACUUUAGAAAACAAUUAGCAUUUCAAUUAUGGACCAACACUCCUAUGUAUUGAAAUAUUAACAUAAAUCACAAGUAUCAAUUGGCUGUUC